AGCGCUGUAAGCCCACAGACAUACCGCUGUACCACUGAGGGGCCGCUAGGGUUAGAGCUUAUGAUUUGUAGCAUACCUGCCUCAAGUCACUUAAACACUCUGUCAAUAUUAAAGUGACGUUCAGGCUGGAGCCACGUGCUACUCGUAAGUUGUGUAAGUCAAUUUCUAUAUAUCCAUCACGUUUACCGGGAUAACAGUAUACGAUAAGCGAUGUCCAGUGCGUCUACUUAGCGUCUCAGCGAAGAAGCGAGAAGUUGUUUCUCCAUUGCUUUAAUAACCAAUAACUUUUAAAGAUCAACACAAGUAAUUGUUUGUUUAGAGCUGUUCUUACCUUCGCAAAUUGUUUAUAAUUCAAAAUAAUGUAUACAUGAAAAAAAAAAAAAAUUGAAGCUCCAAUUACACAAGAUUGGUCCUAGUACAUGAACAGGAUGAAACUAUAUUAGACUCCAAUCACGAAUCUAAGUUUCUUUUUGUGACUGUUCCAUCAAGCAGAUGACAAUUAGCAAUAUGAUGAAGCCUGGGAACUGGCCUGGAAAAAAUCUCAUUCUUGUUGUAUCGCUGUUGCUGCUGUCGACAUUACCUCUACGAUUAAAAGCACGAACCAACUCAUUAGUGUCUUACAGAGAAGCACUAGAAAAAACACGUGAAGCUCAAACAUCUCUGGCAGCACGUGACUCAAAGUUCUACAGUCAUCAUCGACGUCGCCCAGGACGUCAUGUGUGCGCCCGAAGUCACGUGAUCAACACACCUGUAAAACGUUUCGAAUCUUACCGUAAACCUGUUUACAGAUCUUUCAGACAUGCCUGUCAAUCUGACGCAACUCAGACAUGUACAUCUUAUAGAAUUUUAUACGAAACGGCAUAUCGUUCUGUCUACAAGGCUGUACCUCACACCGAAACUGUAUUUGAAUGUUGCCCAGGAUGGACUCGUAGUUCUUCUUCUUCGUACGAUUGUAUGAAAGCAGUAUGUUCACCCGAAUGUAAAAAUGGAGGAACAUGCACGAAACCUAAUCAGUGUUUUUGUACCUCUGGUUGGACCGGUGAUACUUGUGAAACAGAUGUCGACGAGUGCUCUAAGAAAGGAAAAAGGUGUGAACAGGACUGUGUUAACACGCCAGGAAGCUACAGUUGCCAAUGUCACAAUGGGUUUAUCUUGCAGUCAGAUGCAAAAUCUUGCAGAAUAAAUCUACAGAAUGAUCCAGAAUAUCAGAGAUUUGUUCAAGGUUACGAAGAACUGAACCAAAGAGUUUUUGUAUUAGAAAAGAUUCAAGAAAAACAUAACCUGACAGACCUUGAACAUACGGUCAACCCAGCAUCACCUUCUAGAGGUCUAGAGGGUACUACUCACGUCUUGAACUAUCCUUUUUAUGGUUCCCCAUGGGAACGGGUUCACUCGUUAAGCGAACAGAUCUCGAUGCUAGAAGAACGACUUGAGGAAUGCACGUGUAGUCAGGAACGACGAAGGUCAAGACGAAGACCGUGGAUAUAAUCUCGUUAAACUGAACGAACGAAACGUCACAUGCAAAAACAAACAAAUAAAACUAGAUGAAAAGAAAACUAGCGUACCUAAUUGACAUUACAUAAGAUAUCCGUUACCCAAAUAAAAGUUGUCAUGCGUUCCAGCUGUACAUUAUAACAGCUGUUGUGACGAUGUUUGUGAACAUUUAGAGUGACUGACAUAUAGUGAAGCACUGUGUAAGUGAUAAUCACCAAAGUGAUGUCAUUUCAGUGGUAUUUAUCGUAUCUUUUAAAGGUAUGAUCCGCUUAUAGCAAUUUUGAAGGUUAGACGACAUCCCAAUGAAGUCAAAUUACAAAUAACUGCUAUGCUGAGAAGGUGAUUAAGGCAGAACAAGACGUGUGUACAUAAAAGAUGCAGAGUCAACUGAUGACUGAAGUACAUCUUCCUCCUUAUGAAGAUAACUUUAACUUCUUCAAACGAUUUUUGUUGCUUUAACAAAUAAGGGUUUGUUUUUCUUCCGUAGAUAUAAAAUCCAUUGAGUUUCUAAUGAAGAAGAUUUUGGGCUGUACAUUUAACCUAUCUUAAUACUUUAUUCUGCAAGAAAAAGAUCCAUAAAAGCUUUUGAACAAGUUUUAUUCGUCAUCAUUAUCAGUUAACUUCACCCAAGUUUUCAGCAAGUGUGGAGUCCGUAAAAGUCAUUGAAACAACUUAAACAAUUUUGUUUCUGACAUUUCUGAACGGUACAAUUUAGUGAUUCUGAUUAGCUGUAACUUCGUUCCUGCUGACCAAGAAUGCUUGUUGUGGGCCUUUGUUUUUCUUGUAGAAGGACUUUUUUGUUGAACUUCUCUUGUUACAUCUUGUAAUUGUUUAAAUGAUGUAUAUGGCUUUAAGUGUGAAUAUCUGAAAUCACAGCUAUUUUCUUUUUUAAAAACCUUAAUAAGGUUUAUCAGUUCAAGUUGAUGGUGUGAAACUUUGGCAUUUGAAUCCACAUGAUUAUUAUUGUACAAUUUCCCCUUACUAUUCACACCGAUUGUAAAAUACCAUUCGCUGAACUGUGAAACUUCCUUUAUAAUCAUUCUGUACAUGCGUCAUACUAAAUUCCGUUAGAGUUUUUAAUUGUAAUUACGACCAUUGUAAUUUCAUUUGCAAGUAAGGCUUACACACCACAAAUCCCAAAUAAUCUGCAUUUCUUCGUGUCAUAUAGAAGGAAUUAUAAAAUGUGAUACUGAAUAAACAAUAUUAAUUUUGCUAGAAUAUAAAAGUUAAA